AGCAACAAUCGUCUCGUCCCUUUUGGUAGUGGGUCAAAUGGUAGCAGGAGGCAACGCGGUCGAACGAAGGGGUUGAACCCUGACCAGCGAAAAAGCGCAGCUCUGAUGCGCGUCGUGAAAGCUUGCAGUAACUGUAAACGUCGCAAAGAAAGGUGUGACCCCGGAAUUCCUUGCAAGUCCUGUAUCGAACACUACAAAGGCGAUCUUGUGAACCACCCCUGUCGAGAACGGUCACUGGCGGACCUUUCUACAGUCUUCUUAUCAGAGCGCUUGGGAUGGCAUCCAACUGCCCGGACUCCGGAGUUCUUUCUCUUUCCUUCAAAUUUUACCGUCAGCGACUACACGCUCACGAUCCCGAUAAACCUUGGCUUUGGUCCCUCCCUUCAGCGUACCGUGCGGAUAGUGCAUCCAAACGACAUGAACCGCCUAGUGCACGAACACACGGUGUACGACUGGCCCCCUCGCAGCACCUCCGGCAUGCUGUGUCGCAAUGCUAUUCUUCCUGCUAUCCUUCCCGAUACCUCCACGCUUUCCCAGGACUUAGACCAUCACCUAUCUCUUCUUGUAACUUCGCACUUCAAAGCGUUUCCUCUUUACUGCUCGCCUCUGCGGGUGCUUCGGGACAUCUACAUCCUGUAUCGAUCUCUUCCCUCUUCCUCCGGUCGAAUUCUGCACCAGGCCUUGAAGUUGUUGGUACUAGUCCAUAUCGGUGGUGAUACUACGAUUGCUGCAUCGGAUCCUACUGUGGCAUCUAUCAUUACCUGCGCAAAUCUGCCAACGGACACGACAACCACGCCAUGUUUCAUUCGUGCGCAACUGGGAGCCGUCAUGCCUACCUUGGCCCAAGAGCUGAUGCGUGAUGUUCUUGCCCAGCUAGAACGUCUAGCGCUGUCUCGCAAAUGUACCGAAUGGCCCGUCGUACUUGCAACCUUGGUGGUACUCCUGAUGUCAGUUGAGAGUAUCCAGUAUCACGCUGCCAAGAUGCCAUACCACUCCUGCUACGACACCAACCCAACGCCGCUAAGAGACCGGACUAAAUGCCAGGAUAUGGACGAGCAAGGUGUAGAAGCUAUCCUGAACUUCUACAAGGCGUGCUAUAGCGGGUGCCACUCCCGUCUUCGAGAAGAUUGGGAAGGCGAAGGGUCUAGCUUUGAAGCGACCCGGGAAACAAAGUCCGAGGAUCGAUUUGUGGAUUCUAUGAGAGCUGCUAUCCGAAAUAGCAACUCUGGUGGUUACUUGCGAGAGAAGGAGAAGGCCAGCUUGGAGGACGUUACUGAUAUGAACUGCUUCUUUGAUCGACUGCUCGCGAAGCUCCUUUUGCUUCGCACAUGAUUUACAGCCUGCAGGGGAUCUCGCGCCAAGGCAUUUUAGUGCUUGAGGCCCGUUCCAUGAACUUAUGACUUUACGACCACACUUUACGAAAGAUGGAUUGCAGAGCGAUGAUUCUUAGCCUUGGUUUUGGUCGUUCUGGUUGGAACUUUGGAUGUUUGGGCGGUUAUCGGUUCGUUUCUACCUCGUUUCUUUUCGAAGAUCUGAGCUUUAUUGUACUGUACUAUGUUGUACAAUACAGUCGAACGUAAGAAGAUAUAGAAACUAUCGCUCAGGCAACACAUACAUGGGAUGUUUCCAUAGUGUAACUAGUUUCGCAUCAUUUAAUUUGACUUCAAUGUGCCACGAAGCCUGGAGGCCUUACAAUGCCUUCCGGGCCUGAGGACGGAAAGUAAUUAUUUCUAGCCUCAUUUGAUCAUCUCAAGUUUCACGUAGAUCUGUGAUAGCGAAUAGAAACC